AUGGACUGGCUCGGCGUCUUCACCAUUGUUCCGGGACUCGUGCUCUUCGUUUACGCCCUAACGGAUAGCUCCUCGGCACCCAAGGGCUGGGCGUCGCCGCACAUCAUUGCUACUUUUAUCAUUGGUGUAUUGCUUCUCGCUGCUGCCGUCUACACCCAGGGCUGGGUCUCCAAGUACCCUUUGUUGCCCGCGGCGCUCUUCUCGCCCAAGCACAUGAAACUUCUUAUCUUUGCUCUAUGGCUUUCCUAUGGUUCAUUCGGUGUCUUCCUGCUGUACUCGAGCUUUUACAUCGAACUGGUCAUGCACCAAACACCAAUGACCACCGCCGUCUGGUACAUCCCCAUGGUUCUCGGCGGCCUCAUCAUCGGCAUGUCCGCCGGAUUCACCCUCCACCUCCUCCCAGGCCGCAUCCUCCUCAUCAUCGCCGGCACCGGCUUGACCAUGUGUUCCCUCCUGUUCGCCAUCAUGCCCGCCGGAGGCCUCGGCGGCGCCGUCAUCAACAGCGUCGUCUUCCUGGGCAUCAGCUUCUUCCUCGGCAUCGCCGACAUCGCUGUCGGUCAGCACAGCCACGAGGGCCUGAGGGAAAGCUACAAGGUCGGUUUCUGGGUCGCCGUCGGCCUCUCCGGCGCGCAACUCGCCGAGGAGCUGCGGCAGCAGGAACUGGCUUCGCAGGCGCGAGGUACCGCGGAGCACGAGCCGCAGACACCAAACCUCAUCAACGCCGACCCUCUCUUCAACAACGUCGAAGAAACCAAUCGCCACAACCCGACUCAUCCAAUCACUACUAUUCACUACGCCCUGGGAUAA